UGGCGGCGCUGUGCUGAGGUAGCAGCUCCCAACAAACUCGGUGGCUACCGGAUCGGCACAAAUAGCUCUGGUUUUGUUACCCUCCCCGACACCUGCGUAUCCGCAGGGCCAGGCCAGCGAUGACGGCCUGAAAGAGCGGCAGUUACACGAGCGAGAGAUGCAACAACAACCACAGCACCAUCAGCAGUCACAGCAGCAGUCGCAGUCGAAGGCAGAGAACACUAAAACCAAGAGCAUGUUUCUGUCCAGGGCGCUGGAAAAAAUCCUCUCCGACAAGGAGGUGAAGCGGAGCCAGCACAGCCAGCUGCGCAAAGCCUGUCAGGUGGCGCUCGAUGAAAUCAAAGCCGAGCUUGAGAAACAAAAAGAUGGCACAGUGGUCCCACCCAGAGCCAACUACAUCGAGGCUGACAAAUAUGUGCUGCCCUUCGAACUGGCCUGUCAAUCAAAGUCCCCCCGGAUAGUCAGCACCUCCCUAGACUGUUUGCAGAAGCUGAUCGCGUACGGACAUAUCACGGGAAACGCCCCCGACAGCGGAGCGCCAGGCAAGAGGCUGAUCGACCGGCUGGUGGAAACCAUCUGUAGCUGCUUCCAGGGCCCGCAGACCGAUGAGGGAGUCCAGCUGCAGAUUAUCAAGGCCCUGCUGACGACGGUGACCUCGCCGCACAUCGAGAUCCACGAGGGCACGGUGCUCCUGACUGUGAGGACCUGCUACAACAUCUACCUGGCCAGCCGCAACCUCAUCAACCAGACCACGGCCAAGGCCACGCUCACACAGAUGCUCAAUGUCAUCUUCACACGCAUGGAGAACCAGGCUGCUCUGGAGGCCCAGGAGCAGGAGAAGGACAGAUUGCGUCCACCCCAGCAGAACCCGUCCCCAGUCCCGGGUGGUCGGAGGUCUGGCUCCCCUCGGUCCGACCAGACUCCCACUCCGGAGCCCCAGAGCUCCCCGUCGCCGUCCCCAGCAGCCAGCACUCCAGACCUCAGCAACACCAACAGCUCCACGCCCGUGGCCCCGGACACGCCGUCGAUCAACGGUGAACCGGAGGACAGCAAGGCUCCAGUGGAUGGAGAAACGGCGUCAGGCCAGGCUGCUCCGUCAACAGAUUCUGUUUUUGAAGAUGAAGGGGCAGAGACCCCUCCUGUUGCGAGCCGGCCGACCGAGGAAGGGGACAAACCAGAGGGCAGUCCAAAUCCAGCAGCGUCAGCAGGGACUGGAGGAGGUGAGCACCCAGCGCACCCAGUUCCUGAACAGACGGAGGUGGCUCCACCCAGGGUGAGAGCAGAGGGCCAGCAGAUGAACGGCAUCAUCGAGGACCGGGCUUCUGUUUCCUCAACAGAUAUGCUGGAUGCGGAGGCUCUGCAGGGACCCCACACUGCUGCCCGGUUCUCUCAUAUCCUGCAGAAAGAUGCUUUCCUGGUGUUCCGCUCAUUGUGCAAACUCUCCAUGAAACCGCUCGCAGACGGACCACCAGACCCAAAGUCCCAUGAGUUGCGCUCCAAAGUGGUCUCCCUGCAGCUGUUGCUCUCGGUGCUGCAGGGCGCCGGGCCGGUGUUCCGCACCCACGAGAUGUUCGUCAACGCCAUCAAGCAGUACUUGUGCGUGGCGCUGUCCAAGAACGGCGUCUCCUCCGUGCCCGAGGUGUUCGAGCUCUCGCUGGCCAUCUUUCUCACCUUGCUCUCGCACUUCAAGGUCCACCUGAAGAUGCAGAUCGAGGUGUUUUUUAGGGAGAUCUUCCUCACCAUCCUGGAGACGUCCUCCAGCUCCUUUGAGCACAAGUGGAUGGUCAUCCAGACCCUCACACGGAUCUGUGCAGAUGCCCAGUGUGUGGUUGACAUCUACGUGAACUACGACUGCGACCUAAACGCUGCCAACAUUUUCGAGCGCCUUGUCAACGACCUGUCUAAGAUCGCCCAGGGCAGGAGCGGUCAGGAGCUGGGGAUGACCCCUCUUCAGGAGCUGAGUCUGCGUAAGAAGGGACUUGAGUGUCUGGUGUCCAUCCUCAAAUGCAUGGUGGAAUGGAGCAAAGACAUGUAUGUCAACCCAAACCUGCAAGCUAACCUGGGUCAGGAGCGUCCAGCUGAAGGUGAAGCAGGCGAGUUGAAGCUGCCAGAGAAUCUGUCGGGCCGUCGGGACAGCGUCAGCUCGCUGGACUCCACCGUCUCCUCCAGUGUCCCUGCCUCCCAGCCGGACCACCCAGAGCAGUACGAGGUCAUCAAACAGCAGAAGGACAUCAUCGAGCAUGGCAUCGAACUUUUCAACAAGAAGCCAAAGCGAGGCAUCCAGUACCUGCAGGACCAGGGAAUGUUGGGUUCCACAGCUGAGGACAUCGCCCAGUUCCUACACCAGGAGGAGAGACUGGACACGACGCAGGUGGGAGAGUUCCUGGGUGAGAACAUCAAGUUCAACAAAGAGGUGAUGUACUGCUACGUGGACCAGUUGGACUUCUGCGGGCGGGACUUUGUCUCGGCGCUCCGAGCCUUCCUGGAGGGCUUCCGGCUGCCAGGGGAGGCCCAGAAGAUCGACCGGCUUAUGGAGAAGUUCGCUGCACGGUACCUGGAGUGCAAUCAGGGACAGACACUGUUUGCCAGCGCAGACACUGCCUAUGUGCUGGCGUACUCCAUAAUUAUGCUCACCACAGACCUACACAGUCCACAGGUGAAGAACAAAAUGACAAAGGAGCAGUACAUCAAAAUGAACCGCGGCAUCAACGACAGUAAGGAUCUGCCCGAAGAGUAUCUGUCUUCCAUAUAUGAUGAGAUCGCGGGCAAGAAGAUCGCCAUGAAGGAGAGCAAGGAGUAUUCAAUUACUCCCAAAUCCAGCAAGCAAAGUGUAGCCAGUGAGAAGCAGCGGCGUCUGCUGUACAACAUGGAGAUGGAGCAGAUGGCAAAGACGGCCAAGGCUCUGAUGGAGGCCGUCAGCCACGCUCAGGCCCCGUUCUUCAGUGCCACUCACCUGGAGCAUGUCAGACCCAUGUUCAAGCUGGCGUGGACGCCCCUGCUGGCAGCUUUCAGCGUGGGACUGCAGGACUGCGACGACCCAGAGGUGGCCUCGCUGUGUCUGGAGGGCAUCCGAUGUGCCAUCAGGAUCGCCUGCAUCUUCAACAUGCAGCUGGAACGUGAUGCGUACGUCCAAGCCUUGGCCCGGUUCACCCUGCUGACGGCUAGUUCCAGCAUCACCGAGAUGAAACAGAAAAACAUCGACACCAUCAAGACCCUCAUCACUGUGGCUCACACUGAUGGAAACUACCUGGGCAACUCCUGGCACGAGAUCCUGAGGUGCAUCAGCCAGCUGGAGCUUGCGCAGCUGAUUGGCACAGGGGUGAAGACGCGCUACAUCUCAGGGGUGGUCCGAGAUAAGGAGUCCGGCAUCAAGGGUUUCCCCGUCGGGACAGAAGAGUUCAUGCCGCUGGGACUGGGCACUCUUGUGGGAAGUCAGGACAAGAGACAGAUGGCUCACAUCCAGGAGUCAGUAGGAGAGACCAGCUCUCAGAGUGUAGUGGUGGCUGUAGACAGAAUCUUCACUGGUUCCACUAGGCUAGAUGGAAAUGCAAUUGUGGACUUUGUGCGGUGGCUGUGUGCAGUCUCAAUGGAUGAACUGGCCUCGGCCCACCAGCCCAGGAUGUUCAGCCUGCAGAAGAUUGUGGAAAUCUCUUACUACAACAUGAACCGCAUCAGGUUGCAGUGGUCUCGAAUCUGGCAGGUCAUUGGUGACCACUUCAACAAGGUGGGCUGCAACCCUAAUGAGGACGUAGCCAUCUUUGCAGUGGACUCUCUCAGGCAGCUGUCCAUGAAGUUUCUGGAGAAAGGAGAGCUGGCCAACUUCCGCUUCCAGAAGGAUUUCCUCAGGCCAUUUGAGCACAUCAUGAAGAAGAACAGAUCCCCUACCAUCAGAGACAUGGUGAUCAGAUGUGUGGCCCAGAUGGUGAACUCCCAGGCGGCCAACAUCCGCUCAGGCUGGAAGAACAUCUUCUCAGUGUUCCACCAGGCAGCCGCCGACCACGAUGAGACCAUAGUGGAGCUGGCUUUCCAGACCACCGGACACAUUGUCAUGAACACCUUCCAGCAGCAUUUUGCAGCAGCGAUUGACUCGUUCCAGGAUGCAGUGAAGUGCCUGUCAGAGUUUGUGUGCAAUGCUGCCUUCCCUGACACCAGCAUGGAGGCCAUCAGACUCAUACGGCACUGCGCUAAAUACGUCUCAGAUAGGCCACAGGCUCUGAGAGAAUACACUAGUGAUGACAUGAACGUUGCCCCCGGUGAUCGGGUGUGGGUUCGUGGCUGGUUUCCCAUCCUGUUUGAGCUUUCCUGUAUCAUCAACCGCUGCAAACUGGACGUUCGAACCAGGGGUCUGACCGUGAUGUUUGAGAUCAUGAAGAGCUACGGCCACACAUUUGAGAAGCACUGGUGGCACGACCUCUUCCGAAUCGUCUUCCGCAUCUUCGACAACAUGAAGCUGCCUGAACAGCAGACAGAGAAAACCGAGUGGAUGACGACGACAUGUAACCAUGCGCUGUACGCCAUCUGUGACGUGUUCACUCAGUUCUAUGAGCCUCUCAGUGAAGUGCUGCUAGCAGACAUUUUCACACAGCUACAGUGGUGCGUCAGGCAAGACAAUGAGCAACUGGCGCGGUCAGGGACAAACUGUCUGGAAAACCUGGUGAUUCUGAACGGGGAGAAGUUCAGUCCCGAGGUGUGGGACAUCACCUGCUCCUGUAUGCUGGAGAUCUUCCAAAACACCAGCCCACACGCCUUGUUGACAUGGCGACCGGCCGGACAGGAAGAGGACUCCGAUGUCAAACAUACAGACGCUGAUUUUGACAGUCAGUCCCAGAGCAGCUAUGACAGAGCUCUGUCUGACAGAGGACACAGCCAGAUGUCCAGUGACGACACCUGGAAGGGCAAGUCCAAUGCCAGAGUGUCAGACCAGAAGCUGUUUGCAGGGCUGCUGAUCAAAUGUGUGGUGCAGCUGGAACUGAUCCAGACCAUCGACAACAUCGUCUUCUACCCAGCCACCAGCAAGAAGGAGGAUGCCGAGAACAUGGCAGCAGCGCAGAGAGAUGCUCUGGAGGAGUGGGAGGCGGAGGCAGGGGAGCUGGGCCCAGACCAGGGCAUGUACAGACACCUGACCUCCCAACACCUCUUCAAGCUGCUGGACUGCCUGCUGGAGUCACACACCUUCGCCAAGGACUUCAACUCCAACAACGAGCAGAGGACAGCACUCUGGAGGGCAGGCUUCAAAGGGAAAUCAAAGCCCAACUUGUUGAAGCAGGAGACGAGCAGUCUGGCCUGCAGCCUCAGGAUCCUGUUCAGGAUGUACUCUGACCCUCAGCUGCAGCACUCGUGGCCUGACAUCCAGACCCGCCUGCUGCUGGUGUGUAGUGAAGCUCUGGCCUACUUCAUCAGCCUGACCUCAGAGAGCCACCGAGAGGCUUGGACCAGCCUGCUGAUGCUGCUGCUCACCAGGACGCUACGGCUGCCCGACGAAAAGUUCAAGCCCCAUGCAUCCUGCUACUACCCCCACCUGUGUGAAAUGAUGCAGUUUGACCUGAUCCCUGAGUUGCGGGCCGUCCUCAGACGUUUCUUCCUGCGCAUCGGCUCCGUCUUCCACAUCGCUGCUCCCGAGGGGGCACACUGUCGGACGCCCGCGUCCUAGGCUGGGCAGAUGCAGGGAUCGCUGGAGGGCUGGAGGAACUGAGAUGAUGGAACUGAUGGGUUGAAUGGGUGAACUAUAAGGCAUUUAGAGAGACCCCCCUCUCUCUUCUGGACAGAAGCAGUUUACAGAGGGGCAACAACGUCAGGAGAAAGAUGACAGAGACUGUAGCUAUUCUCUCUCAGAUCAGGACUCUUUUGAAGUGCAAUGUUCUGCCCUUGUCUCGGAUAGAGGAGAAGCAUUCAAGUGUUCAGUUUUUCUCCUGCAUUCCACCUGUAGAAACUUUCCUCUCCUGUCCUUCAUCCUUCUUUUCUCUUGGGGAUGAACAGCACUGUGAGCAGGACAGGCCUCGCCGCUGACUGUUGUCCGUUGUCAUCUCCCCAACUCUCAUCUCACAAUGUAAUGACUAGAAAAGACCUGUAAACAAAUAAUUUAUUGAUAUUGUUGCAAACCCUGUUCCUGAUUUUGUUUUGUUUGUUUCUCCUUGUAGUUUUUUUUUUUUAUGAAGAAAAAUGUUUAUCUAACCACUUAAAAAAAAAAGGAAAAAACAAAGACACCUUUGAAUUUGAUGAACCUUACAAUUUCCCUAGCAGCAAAGUUCCUUUGGCCGCCCGUGCCUGUCAGAAAAACAAUGACACCAUGAGUGUCGCCCUGAUUGUGAGUUUGAUGAUUAGAUCAAAAUCCAUUGUGGUACCGGAACCCUCUAUCAGUGCCCAUCCUAAAGCUUUGUAUGACUGACAGGUUUAUGUCCUGUCUUAAAAGUCACUGACUGUGGCUAGUGGGCUCAUUGUUGGCAAAGAGACGGAAGACCCUUCAGCUGCAAGUUACAACAACCUGCAUCCCUGUGACAACACUAUCAAAGAUCCAGCUGAUCUGUAGCCCAGAGCUCAUUCAUUUCUGUGACGUCUCAUGCUUCUAGCCUGUGCUGAGCCACACCACAUCACCCUGUCAUCUUCAUUACAGUUGCCUGUCAGUGAGAUUUUAAUUAUUAAUUAUGAUCACUUGCAUUAAUUUGUUGUGAUUUUUUUUUUUCAAGAUUAUUGCUAGUUUACAAUGAGGAGCUGGUUCAAACACUGGCUACUUCCCUGCACCAUUCAUUCCUUGUUGUGUUGACCCCGUCAGCCGUUAUAAACUGCUCUGAUGUUGGGGAACAGAAAUCGGCUCUUCUAGGUUGUAGAAUUACAAUUGGCUCUCAGCUCCUUUGAAUGAGUCCUUUAACAGGCCCUACACUGUAGACGCUGUUUGUAUUUUUUUUAUGCUCACAAACGAUUGUAUUCACCCUCCCCUCUGCUUGAAUGGUUUUCUAUUUUCCACAGUAUUGUGCACACAUGUUACCAUUUGUGUUGGGGAGUUUGCUCAUGUAUUAACACCGCUCAGUGUACCAUCUUGCUCUGGAUGAUCAGAAAGCCAGUCAGUGUUGUGUGUCACAUUCAGCAGCAGAAUUCAGCCACAGAAGGGUUCAGGAAUGAAUGAAAACCAAAACUCUCUCUACUACAGAAAUAAUGGAACCCCCCCUGUAGUAAUGCUUUGUAGUUUAUUCCGCUCCUUUUUUUUUUUUUUUUUUUUUUUUUUUUUUUUAAGAAGGAUGUAUGUAAUUAUUUAAAGUGCAUUUAAAUAUUUUUUGAAAAGCAUUCCUUCCCUCGCAAAUAUGGAUGUCUACUUUUUUCCCUAAAGCUAGGGAACAUAUAAAUAUAUAUACAGUAUAUGGAGAACUACAGACUGUAAAGUUUUCAAUGUAAGAUACAUAGAAAUGAAAGUGCUAUACGGUUCUAUACAUAAUAUUGUGAUGUAAUCUUCCAAGCAUUUGGUGAAGUAAUCAAUAAACCCUGAAUUCUGAUCCA